CCUGGUCUCAAACAGGUACAACCGCCAGCUGAAGCAAGCCACCAACACUUUUAUCUUCAAUAAAGGUUCUUUUUUUAAGGGGCUCCGACUCGAGUUUACAUUCUGGCCUGCCAGCUUUGGUCAAGAGCGAAGUCUUGACAGGCGAUAAGAGAUUCAGAGUUUACUGAGUAAGCAUGACAAGAUAGCUGUUUAUUGCCACGUUACGGUUAGGACGUCUUUGACUUGUCGAUGGAUUGGCUAGAUGUCCGUGAAUCGUCCCAUAUCCGGGGAUAUCUGGACUUAACAGCUGAGUUGGGGUGAUAACGGAAAUGGUACCCGCCCUUGCAAUGACCUUUAAGAUCAGCGUUUCACGCUCCUGUAAUCGUAAACUUACUCUGUGCCCAUCCUGUCAAGCCCAAAGUCUAUUGCGCCAUCUAAUUUCCGCAGUCGUAGCGCCUCGCUAGGCGAUUGAUCAUCGACAAUGGAGUCGCCGAUGCACAUCUAUCAUCGUGAAGCCCUGGCAGCUCCGGCCGAUCGAUCACAGAUGGUUCUUCAAAGCAUUGUCAUCUUGGUAGUAUCGAUUCUUUCCAUCCUCGGAGCUGGAUGGAUCAUACUUAGCUUCUUCGUCUUCAAAAGUCUUCGGUCGUUCCGUCAUCAACUCAUUCUUGGCCUCGCGGCCAGUGAUUUUCUAAUGGCUCUCAACUUUCUCUCAUCGACUGCUAUGAACAUCAAUGGCAAAGAGAUUGGCGCCCCAGAGCAAGAAACAUUCUGCAGUUUCAAUGGCUUCAUGACCCAAGUAUUCGUCAUACAGACAGAUUACUGGGUCUUGACUAUUGCAAUGUGCACCUACGUCAUUUUAGCAGGUUACAAGUCCUUAUCAUCAUGGGUCCAAGAUCAACGCAUCUUCCUUUCUUGUCUUCCUUGGGUGCUUAGUCUGCUUUGGGCUGGCAUUGGAUUAAAACUCGCAGGCUAUGGUGACAUCGGAGCUUGGUGCUGGUUCACAUCCGAUAAAGUCCGCCUCCUCGCCAACUUCGUCCCGCGAUGGGUAAUCAUCAUCACCAUCCUCACCAUGUACGCUCGUCUGUACUUCAUUCUUCGAAAAUCGCACAAGAGUUUUAUUUCACUCGGAAACUCAAACUCCACGUCUGAACCGUCUAGAGAACGGACUAUCACGCGGUCGAACCAUGAUGUCUGGCGGUAUCAUGAGUCAGAUGCCGCUGGUCAUCGGAGGCUGCAGAGGAUUGCGCGAUUAAUGCUGAUGUAUCCUGUUGUGUAUAUGCUGGUCUGGACACUGCCUACGGCUAUUCGGAUAUAUCAGACCAUUAGGCACAUUCCAUCUCCAUUUGCAUUGCAGACGAUUGACAAGGCCUGCAUUGUUUCACAAGGUCUCGUCGAUGCGAUAAUCUACGGCGUCAACGAAUCUUCUCUCAGUCGAUGGCGCGAGCUCAUAUUUUCGUCCAGCGAUAACGAUGUCACAGAGACUGUUUCAGCCAGAAACACUGAUACUAAGAUAUCAACACGGGUGCACUCAAAUGCAGGGGUUGUCUCUUCUGCGUCUAGUAGCAAAGUCAUAAUCACAACCUCCAUUGAGCAGGAGACAAGCAGUAUUGAUAAAGAUGAUGGAGAUAUCAGAAUGGCUGUUUUUCACGCCCAAGAUCUGCAAGCUCAAAUGAAAUUAUUUCACCCUGCGGAACAUUCUGAGGUCCACGAUGUCAUCUCAACCCCAGUUUUCACAGGCCAAGUCGGCAAAUAUCUCAAACAAUCCGCUUCUAAGAAGGAAGCACCUCAAUAUGGACUACUAGCCUGCGACAUAUCUAAUGGAUUGCCGCUCGACGAGUCUUCUCGAUUGUUCUACAAUGUUGCGGCUCCUUCUAGCGUCUUUAUCUGCGGGAGCCAGGGCUCUGGAAAGAGUCAUAGUUUGGCAACGUUGCUGGAGAAUUGUCUCGUGAGAUCCGUUGCGAAUGUUUUGGCUAGACCGCUUGCAGGGCUGGUCUUUCAUUAUGACUCCUUCGUAUCGGAUUCAGGCGGUAUCCCGUGCGAAGCAGCGUGCCUGUCCUCUAACAAGAAAGUAUCUGUUCGAGUGCUAUGCCCUCCAACGAACACGGCGACUAUAAAGAAGGUCUAUGCCUCUCUUCCUAACGUCUCGGUUCAAGAGCUCCGCUUCAGUCAAGAUGACCUGAACACAAGACGGAUGUUGAAUCUGAUGGUAGCAAGCCCAGGUCAAGGCGGCAAAAUGCCACUUUACCUUCACACCGUCAUGCGCAUCUUGCGAGAAUUGAGAAUCAAACAGCAACAGCGAGGUGGGGGCUUUGAUUACCAAGAGUUCAAAAAUGCAAUGAAAGCCGAGAAACUCACUAAAGAGCAAUCUGGUCCUCUUCGUCAACGCCUGGAAACACUGGAGAGCUUUAUGGUGAAGCAGAAUGCACCUGCGGAAGGACCAGAGAAUAAGAAAGGGAAGGGAAAAGCAGCGCCUAUGAACCAAGGCAGAAUUGACUGGACACCUGUUAGUGGCCAGCUGACCAUCAUCGACCUAUCCUGCCCAUGCGUGACGGCAGAGCAAGCGUGCUCUUUGUUCGAUAUAUGUCUCAGUCUCUUCCUCGAGCAGAAAACAGACUUGGGGCGAGUAGUCGCACUGGAUGAAUCACACAAGUUCAUAAACGAUACCAAUGAAAGCAACGUUUUCACAGAGUCACUCUUAUCUGCAAUCCGCCUCCAACGCCACAAUGGUACGCGCAUCAUUAUAUCUACACAGGAGCCUACAGUAUCUCUGGACCUAUUGGACCUCUGCUCCAUUACAAUUGUGCAUCGUUUCACGUCACCGGUUUGGCUUCAAGUUCUCCGCCGCCAUCUAGCGGGUGCUUCCGAUACUGGCGAGCCAGGCACUAAAGGGCUAGAAACACCAGAUGAAAGCGAGCAGGAGUCUAAACAAUAUCGGGCCAUUCCAGCAUCUGAACUUCUCUCCAACAUUGUGCAACUCCGCACUGGUGAGGCCUUUGUAUUCGCUCCAAGCGCUAUAGUUCAUGCUAUACCCAGGAAUCAUGCGGAGGUUUCGGCUGCACAGAAACCCAGCGAUUGGCAGCCGGUAUUCCUUGGCGAUGGAAUCAUGAAGGUAACAAUUCGUAAUCGUAUUACUGCUGAUGGAGGGAAGAGUAUUAUAGCUUCCUAAGAUAGCUGAUUUGAGAAGAUUGAGAAUGAUAUAAUCCCUUUUGGGCGCCAACAAAUCCAGG